AUGAGUAGGCUUACUCAUCUUAAGGUCCAGAUUCGGGGAUUUACUCUGCGUUCAUCUAGCCUCCCAGGGUACUUUGCCCUUGUCCUUAAACCACUCACUUCCAUCCACGCCCCUAACUUCGAGGUGGAUCUGCAAUACCCUGUCCCGGACUCAGCCGCGAAGAUGUUAGGUGAAGUACCGUUUCAGAUCAUUAUUGGACAGCAACGCUGCCCUCCCGAACAAGAAAUGCCUGGGAAAGCAUAUAUUGCAGGUAGCUAUCGUAAGCAAUUUUGGCCCCCCCGGCACGAACGCUCCUACUUCGAAGUGGAAACAGCGCCUGAGAAUUGGGCAAAAUCGGCGGCGCUAGCCUUUUCUUACAGCCUGGUACUCAUUCCUGUUUCACUCGUCCUUACCGGUGCUCCCAUUGAUCUGAUUCUUCUUACUUAA